CUCUGGAGCGGGAAGAAGCGAACCUCGGGGUGAGGUUUUGUUGUGUGACAGAUCUCCUGCGUUGACUCGGGUUUUGCCGGAGGAGUUCUGCGGCUGUCGGGGUUCUAGGCCGCGAGGCAAGAUGCUCAAGUCCAAGACGUUCUUAAAGAAGACCCGCGCGGGCGGCGUGAUGAAGAUCGUGCGCGAGCAUUACCUGCGGGAUGACAUAGGCUGCGGGGCGCCCGGGUGCGCGGCGUGUGGCCGGGCGCACGGUGGGCCGGCUCUGGAGCCGCAGCCCCAGGACCCCGCGAGCAGCCUCUGGCCGCGGCCGCACUACCUGAUGCCGGACACCAACGUGUUACUGCACCAGAUUGAUGUUCUUGAGGACCCUGCCAUCAGGAAUGUUAUUGUGCUACAAACAGUCCUCCAAGAAGUGCGAAACCGGAGUGCCCCCAUAUAUAAACGAAUCCGGGAUGUGACCAGCAACCAGGACAAGCAUUUCUAUACAUUCACUAAUGAGCACCACAGGGAAACCUACGUAGAGCAAGAACAGGGAGAAAAUGCUAAUGACAGGAAUGAUAGAGCUAUUCGAGUAGCAGCAAAAUGGUACAAUGAACAUUUGAAGAAAAUGUCAGCAGAAAACCAGCUGCAGGUUAUCUUUAUAACAAACGACAGGAAAAACAAAGAGAAAGCUGUAGAAGAAGGAAUACCAGCUUUCACAUGUGAAGAAUAUGUAAAGAGCCUGACUGCUAACCCUGAACUCAUAGAUCGUCUUGCUUGUUUAUCUGAAGAAGGGAAUGAAAUAGAAAGUGGGAAAAUAAUAUUUUCAGAGCAUCUUCCCUUAAGUAAGCUACAACAAGGCAUAAAAUCUGGUUCAUACCUUCAAGGAACAUUUAGAGCCAGCAGGGAGAAUUACUUAGAAGCUACAGUGUGGGUUCAUGGAGACACUGAAGAAAAUAAAGAGAUAAUCUUACAAGGACUUAAACAUUUAAACCGAGCCAUUCAUGAAGACAUUGUGGCUGUAGAGCUUCUCCCCAGGAGUCAGUGGGUAGCACCAUCUUCUGUGGUUUUACAUGAUGAAGGUCAAAAUGAAGAUGAUGUGGACAGAGAAGAGGAGAGAGAGCACCUGCUCAAGACUGCUGUAAAUGAAAAAAUGUUAAAGCCUACAGGUAGAGUUGUAGGAAUAAUAAAAAGGAAUUGGAGACCAUAUUGUGGAAUGCUUUCCAAGUCUGACAUUAAGGAGUCAAGAAGACAUCUCUUUACACCUGCUGAUAGGAGAAUCCCACGAAUUCGGAUAGAAACCAGGCAGGCUUCUACAUUAGAAGGACGGAGGAUUAUCGUUGCUAUUGAUGGUUGGCCCAGAAAUUCCAGAUAUCCAAAUGGACACUUUGUAAAAAACUUAGGUGAUGUUGGAGAGAAAGAGACUGAAACAGAAGUUCUGUUAUUGGAGCAUGAUGUUCCUCAUGAGCCUUUUUCACAGGCUGUGCUUAGCUUCCUGCCAAAGAUGCCCUGGAGCAUUACUGAGAAGGACAUGAAAAACCGAGAAGACCUGAGGCAUCUGUGUGUGUGUAGUGUGGACCCUCCAGGAUGUACUGAUAUAGAUGAUGCUCUGCAUUGUAGAGAACUCAGUAAUGGAAAUUUGGAGGCUGGUGUUCAUAUUGCUGAUGUUAGCCAUUUUAUUAGGCCAGGAAAUGCCUUGGAUCAAGAAUCAGCCAGAAGAGGAACAACUGUGUAUCUCUGUGAAAAGAGGAUUGACAUGGUUCCAGAGUUGCUUAGCUCUAACUUAUGUUCCUUAAGAUGUAAUGUUGACAGGUUGGCAUUUUCAUGUAUUUGGGAAAUGGAUCACAAUGCUGAAAUCUUAAAAACGAGAUUUACCAAAAGUGUCAUUAACUCAAAGGCUUCUCUUACGUAUGCUGAAGCUCAGAUGAGAAUUGAUUCAGCAACUAUGAAUGAUGAUAUUACCACUAGUCUCCGUGGACUAAAUAAACUAGCUAAAAUCCUGAAAAAAGGAAGAAUUGAAAAAGGGGCUUUGACUCUUUCUUCUCCAGAAGUUCGAUUCCACAUGGACAGUGAAACUCAUGAUCCUAUAGAUCUGCAGACUAAGGAACUGAGAGAAACAAAUUCCAUGGUGGAAGAAUUUAUGUUACUUGCUAAUAUCUCCGUUGCAAAAAAAAUUCAUGAAGAAUUUUCUGAACAUGCUCUGCUUCGAAAACAUCCUGCUCCGCCUUCAUCAAAUUAUGAAAUUCUUGUUAAGGCAGCUAAGUCCAAAAAUUUGGAAAUUAAGACUGAUACAGCCAAGUCUUUGGCUGAUUCCUUGGACAGAGCUGAAUGUCCUGCUUUCCCAUAUCUAAACACUCUGUUAAGAAUAUUAGCCACUCGCUGUAUGAUGCAAGCUGUAUACUUCUGUUCUGGAAUGGAUAAUGAUUUUCAUCACUAUGGCUUAGCAUCACCAAUAUACACACAUUUCACUUCUCCCAUCCGAAGAUAUGCAGACAUAAUUGUUCAUCGGCUGUUGGCUGUGGCUAUUGGGGCAGACUGUACUUAUCCUGAACUGACAGACAAACACAAGCUUGCAGAUAUAUGUAAAAAUCUCAAUUUCCGGCACAAAAUGUCUCAGUAUGCUCAGCGUGCCUCAGUAGCUUUUCAUACUCAGUUAUUUUUCAAAAGCAAAGGAAUAGUAAGUGAAGAGGCCUAUAUUCUGUUUGUAAGAAAGAAUGCUAUUGUGGUGUUAAUUCCAAAGUACGGUUUAGAAGGUACAGUGUUCUUUGAAGAAAAAGACAAACCAAAGCCACAGCUUAUUUAUAAUGAUGAGACACCUUCACUUGAAAUAGAAGGUACGGUGUUCCAUGUGUUUGAUAAAGUUAAAGUGAAAAUUAUGUUAGAUUCAUCUAAUCUUCAGCAUCAGAAAAUCCGAAUGGCACUGGUAGAACCACAGAUAUCAGGAGUAAGCAUUCCUACUGACAUUUCCAACGUGGAUCUUAAUGAACCAGGGAGAAAGAAGAGGAAGUUUGAAAAGUAGCUACAUUCAACAAAAAACUUCAAAGACUGAUUUCCUUAAAAAACAAAUGCAAAAAAAACCUUGAGAAUACUUCUAAACCUAAGUGUGUGAAUUGUGUGUUACCUAUAAGUUUGAGAAAUGUGCAUUUUUAUUUAACUUUUGAUUUGUAUCUUAAACUACUUUGAUUGAACAGAACUAUUUAUGCAGAAAAAUUCAGUUGAAUAUCACCUAAAUGGUGACAGGAUAGCAACUUCAGGGAUCUGUAAAGAUCAUUUAAAUGGACACUUAUCUGCUCAUUGAAGAGCAGAUUAA